AUGAAUAAUAAGUUUGGACUGCAAAGGAUUUUAGGUGAUGAGAGGAGUCUUUUAUUGUUGGCAAGAGCGAUUGACCCCAAACAACCCAACAUGAUGACUGAAAUAGUAAAAAUACUUUCUGCUAUUUGCAUUGUUGGUGAAGAGAACAUUCUAGACAAACUUUUAGGGGCUAUCACUGCUGCAGCUGAAAGAAAUAACAGAGAACGAUUUUCAUCAAUUGUUGAAGGAUUAGAAAACCACGAAGCCCUACAACUCCAGGUGGCCUGCAUGCAGUUCAUAAAUGCACUUGCCACUUCUCCAUAUGAUCUUGAUUUUCGAAUUCAUUUGAGAAAUGAGUUCCUGCGUUCUGGACUAAAAGCAAUGCUCCCAGGUCUUAAAGAAAAAGAGAAUGAUGAGCUUGAUAUUCAGUUGAGAGUGUUUGGGAACAAAGAAGAUGACCUAAAUGAAUUAUCCCACUGUCUCAAUGACAUUCGAGCUGAAAUGGAUGAUAUGAAUGAAGUCUACCAUCUUCUCUAUAAUAUGCUGAAAGACACUGCCGCUGAAAAUUACUUAUUAUCCAUUCUGCAGCACUUUCUGCUUAUCAGAAAUGACUAUUAUAUAAGGCCACAGUAUUAUAAAAUAAUUGAAGAGUGUGUUUCACAAAUAGUGCUGCACUGCAGUGGCAUGGACCCGGACUUCAAGUACAGGCAAAGAUUAGACAUUGAUUUGACUCACCUGAUAGAUGCUUGUGUAAACAAGGCGAAAGUUGAAGAAAGUGAACAAAAAGCAAUGGAAUUCUCAAAGAAGUUCGAUGAAGAAUUCACAGCUCGUCAGGAAGCUCAAGCGGAGCUUCAGAAAAGAGAUGAAAAAAUCAAAGAACUGGAAAUAGAAAUCCAGCAGCUUAGAACCCAGGUGGCACAGCAUCUUGCCACCACCUACGGUGACAAAGCUUUCGAGGUGGCCAAAAUGGCAAGUGUGACUGGAAAACGGUGGCCUGUUGUGGGAGUGCGUCUCGUGUCAGAGUUUCCGUACAUCGAAGCAGAGGUGAAAUACGGGAUCAAGGAAUAUGCCUGCACCGCAGUUGACAUGAUUUCACGUCGCACCCGCCUGGCCUUCCUCAAUGUCCAGGCUGCAGAGGAAGCCCUGCCCAGGAUUGUUGAAUUAAUGGGCAGAGAAUUGAACUGGAGCGAGUCUAAGAAACAGAUCAGAGAUACAAAGUCAGCAGAUCAAAAAACAACCCUUUUGCAUUUUCUUGCUGAAAUAUGUGAGGAAAAAUACCGAGAUAUCCUGAAAUUUCCUGAUGAGCUGGAACAUGUGGAAAGUGCAAGCAAAGUUUCAGCUCAAAUUCUCAAGAGCAACCUUGCAGCGAUGGAACAAAACAUUCUUCAUCUGGAGCGUGACAUCAAGAAUUUCCCCAAAGCAGAAAGUCACCAUGAUAAGUUUGUGGAAAAGAUGAUGAGCUUUACAAAGAAUGCCAGAGAGCAAUAUGAAAAAUUGUCCAUCAUGCACAGCAAUAUGGUGAAGCUUUAUGAGAACCUGGGUGAAUACUUCAUUUUUGAUCCGAACACAGUAACUAUAGAAGACUUUUUUGGUGAUCUCAACAACUUCAGAAACCUAUUUUUGGAAGCACUGAAAGAAAACCAUAAGAGAAAAGAAAUGGAAGAGAAGAGUAGAAGGGCAAAACUUGCAAAAGAGAAAGCUGAACAAGAGAAGCUGGAACGCCAGAAGAAGAAGAAGAAGCAGCUCAUUGAUAUAAACAAAGAGGGUGAUGAGACCGGAGUGAUGGAUAAUCUUCUGGAAGCCCUACAGUCAGGUGCAGCAUUCAGAGACCGCAGAAAGAGAAUUCCAAGGAAUCCAGAUAACAGACGGGCCCCUCUGGAAAGAUCACGCUCUCGCCACAAUGGAGCCAUGUCAUCCAAGUGAUUCCUGAUGCCAGAAAGAAUGGAGACAUUUAAGAAAACAAAAUCAUUCAUCUUGAGAAGAACAAAAUAUACACUCAAGGGUCUGAGUGGAAAUAAAUGCAUUUCCACAAAGGUCAAGCUGAGCUGGGUGAAGUAAUAUGUAUUUGUAAGAGUACUGCAAGUCCACUAAUCCGAACCCAGCUGUCCUGAUUAGAAACCAGUUGUUCCUCUGUAGUGGAAAGACCCACAUUACUUGACAUUUGGAGACAUUACCUGACUGUGGAGGCAAAAGUAUAAAAGGAAAAUAGAAGAAUCCUAAGGCUCCUACAAACAUUCCAUUAGAUUCUGUCAAAGAAUGUAAAACUGAAAUUUCUAGGUCACACCUACCAACCCUACCCCACUGUCCAAAAAAAAUAAAAGAGGAGGAAAGGGGAAUAGACAGGAAGAUUUUUCAGUGUCUACUUCUAGCUCUUCGUGUGUUUGUAUAUAAUGUAAAGUC